AUGGCAGAACUCAAGCUUCACCGCAUCAACCAACACAUUGCUCGUCUGCGCGACGACGUCGUCAGGCCUCGCGCGCGUGUCUCGGAAGCGAGUAGCAGCCUCAUCCGAUACAUGAAGACGACAAAGGAUCCGCUACUCCCAAGUCUCUGGGGCACCGUCGCGAAAGAGGAGGAUCCUUUCCACCAACCAGACGCCAACAAGGGCUGCUGUAUCGUCUCGUAA